AUGACAACACUGAUUAACAAAAAUUUCAAGUGUUAUCUCCAAAGAAGGAAAAUAACGAUCGAAUCAGCAGCUGCAAUUUUCUGGACUCGAUGUCUAAAACAAUUGAAAGAUAAAGAAGGAGGAAGGCUUUUAUUGAGAUACGAAUUUCGAAAUUAUUCAACGCUGAUCAAAGAGAAAAUCCCUCCAAAUGAAAAAACUGAAAGUCGAACAUUUUCUUUGAAAGAAUCUAAAGAUAUAAUAUCGAUAGAUGCGUUAAAUUUAAUAGAACUGCAUAUGUUUCGGAUAAUGUUGCUUGAAUAUUUUGGAAAGUCACAAGAAGCAAUCAUUACUUUUAUUGACUCCUUAGAAAGGAAAAUAAAAUUUUCCAUUAGAUUUCAUUACGUAAUUCGAGAUAGAAUUCUCCGUAAAGAUGGAUAUUUGAUGCUAUAUUUCUACAAUGAAGUUCUUAAAAGAAACAUCAAGAUAGGAGAUUCGCAAGAAGCGGUCUCUGCCAAAAUAGACAAUGCACUAAAAAAACAUACAGCUGAAAACAUAUAUGGGUAUUAUCAAAGACUGAAAAAAACGACCACAUUGCAUCAACAAGUUUACGAUGAAAUACUCGACCGAUUUGCAACAUAUCCAGAGUACGAAAAGAUUGCACUUGAAUGUUACAAAGAAAUGAAGGUUCUCAAUUACUUUCCAUGCACGUACACGUGUAAUCGACUAUUGCGAAGAUUAUCCGAGACGAUUGGCUACGGGUUUGAUAAGGAAGUCCCGCUUAUUUACGUGGAUAUGAUGGAAUAUGGUAGGGAGCCUAAUGUAGCCACUUUUAAUAUUCUGAUGGGAUUUUAUGGUCGUCGCAGAAACUAUAAUAAUUUUUGGCGAAUUUAUCAAUUAUUAAGAGAAGCAAAUUUAGAGACAAACAAGAUCACGUAUCAGUUAAUACUAAAGAUCUUGGCACAACCGUUACCACACUCCCAACUUGUCGCCAAUACAAUAGCGCAUUUCGAAAAGCUUAAACUCAAACCUGAUGAACGAACACUUAAUGCCUUAUUAGCUGGCUUCGGAAAUAUAGGCGACGUUAUAGGAACAGGGAAGGUGUUGGACAUGUACAAAACACACUUGAUAGUACCGUCAAUCAAUACAUAUAACAUAUUAAUAAAAAAUUUACUUAACUUCGGAUUAACACGAAUGGCCAUUAAAAUUUACGAGCAAAUGUUAGAAAAUGGACCACCCCCAAAUCUCAUCACGUAUAAUCUUAUUCUGAAUAUCUACACGAGAGAGAAACAACUCAGAUACAUGAAAUAUGUAAACGCGGCAGAAGAAGUAUUGAAUACAAUGAUCGCCAACAAAGUUUAUCCUGAUAUUUGCACAUGCAAUAUGUUGCUCAUUGCCAACUCGCGUAGAUCUCGUGUUGAAGGUAUUAAAAAAAUCCUUGACAUUAUGCACGAACAACGAUUAUAUCCGAAUGUACACACACUAUCCAUCUUCAUACAUAUAUUUGUCAAGGCUGGAAAAGUUAAGAUUGCGCGAGAACUCUAUAAGAAGUUGAUUGAGAACGCUCGAUUCAAGCAUGAGAAGAAAAUGCAUGCUAUCAUGUCAACGAAUUUGAUUCAUGGCUAUUUGCAUUAUUAUCAAGAUUUUGUCACUGCCGAAAGUCUAUUUAAAGAUAUGAUUGAAAAUAGAAUCAUUCCUACUAUCAUCACCUUUAAUACCUUAAUAUACGCAUACACUCAUCGCUCAACACUUGACAUGAAAAAAGCAAUCAAAUUAUUCACCGAGAUGGAAACAAAAUAUAAGGUAGCACCGGAUGCUACUACCUUUCAUCAUAUGAUUACAGGAUAUAUGGCGAUAGGAGACGUGGACAAAGCUCUAGAAGUAUAUUAUGAAAUGUAUAAACGUGGACUAAAACCCAAUGACACAGUUCUGUCACGAAUCCACUUCGAAAUUAAUUAUAUAUUAAUGGGAGGAGAUAAAGCUAAAGAAAAAAAGUCAAAGGACUCUAUUAAUAUUGAGACAACAGAGACAAAGGACUAUACAUUGAUAGAGGAAAAGGAGACAAACUUCUCCAUUAUUAUUAAAAAAUAG